AUGCACAGGGCUCGCGCUCUGGACGUCCCUAUUGUCAGGAUCCCGUUCGGCGUCAACAGCUACACCUGGGCCAUUCUACAACCGUUCGUAUGGAACCUUCUCAACUUCCUGCCCGUGCCGUGGAGCUCAUACCCCGACUUUCCGCCCUACCGCAACUCUGGGGCCGGCCUGGUGCUCGUGUCACCAGAAGAAAUCAGCCUGCACAUUGCCGAUCCGGACAUGAUUGGCGAGAUUUUUGCAAGAUGGCGUGACUUUGUGCGUCCAGUGCAAAAAUACCGCAUGCUGGCUAUCUACGGGCCAUCUAUCUUUACCGUAGGGUUGGAUGACUGGCCCCGCCAUCGCAAGGCCGUCGUGGGCCCGUUCAACGACGACUUGAUGUCUUUGGUGUGGAGGGAGACGUUGUGUCACACGCGAUCGAUGCUUCACGCUUGGACCACUCAAUUUCGUGGCGAUAUCCCGAGUUUUGAAAAUGACUUGCGAGCACUCACAUUCAAUGUGCUCGGUGCGACAGCCUUCCAUGAGCGUCCCCAGUCACAGGCCGAUACCAGACCGAAGGACUCGGAGAAAAUCGCGGAGGACUACCAGGAUACCUUGCGAACUGUUCUCGACAAUUCUAUCUUGUUGAUGUUAAUUCCCUAUCACCGUCUCAGAGGGACUAUUACUCCCAGACAUCUUGCUAGAGUUGGACUCGCAGCCGAGUCAUUUAGGUCUAUCCUGCUAAAGGUUCUCCGAGAGGAGACAGCUGCUCUUGGCAGUGAUGGCUCCAAGCAAAAUGGCUUAUUGAAACCCCUCGUCCGUGCCCUGAAGCCAGAUACUCGCGAGCAAGCCAAAAAUAGUGCAGCCCCGGUAUCUGCCAAGGCCAAGAAGACUGGCCUUUCUGUUGACGAGAUCCUUGGAAACAACUUUGUCAUUAAUUUUGCAGGCCAUGAUACCGUGCGUCUUACGCUAAAUUUUACCCUUGCUCUCCUAACAGUACAUCCAGACGUACAAGAAUGGAUCUACCAGGAAAUCAAGAUGUUCUCCGGGGGACACCCGAAUGAUGAGUGGCACUACGACAUGUUCCCCAAGCUCAAACGCUGCCAGGCUGUGCUACUUGAGACGCUCCGCAUCUUCCCCCCAAAUACUGGCAUACCUAAAACUGCGUCCCACACGGCGCCGAGUCUCCGGCUCGGGGAUCAACUUCUCGUCACCCCCCCCGGGGACCGAGGUCUUCCCGUUGCUGAUCGGUGUCCAGACGGACGCCAGGUACUGGGACGACCCAUAUAUCUGGCGACCAUCUCGCUGGAUUUUGCAUGA